AUGAAGAGGCGGUUGGAGGAUCAGGACACGGUUUUUGCGCCGCAGCAGAGGCGUCUGGCUGGUACCGCGGAGGCCUUCCAGCACCGGCCCCUCGCCCCGGCCCCGCCCACUGCCCCGACCGGCCCCGUGUAUGAGGCCGAAAACAUGCAGCCCACAGGAGUGCAGUACUCCGUCCCACAAGGAUACCAGGUGCCCACAGUGGCUCAGAACAGCGGAGGACAUGGACACGCCCCCAGCCCUGCGGUGCACGGUGUGUCCCACCACCAGUCCCACGCUCCAGCUCUCAUCGCCGCGCACAGUCCCGCCGUGCAGUCCCACGCCCCCGCCCUCAUCCCCGCCCACAGCCAGUCCACUGCCCCAGCCCUCAUCGCGGCUCACAGUCCGGCGGUCCAGGCCCACGCCCCGGCCCUCAUCCCCACCCACAGCCAGACCCACGCCCAAGCUCUCAUCGCGGCCCACGGCCAGUCCAGCGCCCCGGCUCUCAUCAGCGCUCACAGCCCCGCGGUGCAGGCCCACGCCCCGGCCCUCAUCUCCGCCCACAGCCAUCCCGCUCCCCCCCUGCCCUCUGUGCAGGGGCCACAGUUUCAGCGGCUCAAGGUGGAAGAUGCUCUGUCGUAUUUGGACCAAGUCAAGCUGCAGUUUGGAAACCAUCCUCAGGUCUACAACGACUUUCUGGACAUAAUGAAAGAGUUCAAGUCUCAAAGUAUUGACACUCCGGGGGUCAUCAGCCGCGUGUCGCAGCUCUUCAAGGGCCACCCCGACCUCAUCAUGGGCUUCAACACCUUCCUGCCGCCCGGAUACAAGAUCGAAGUCCAGACCAACGACCUGGUUAACGUGACCACGCCGGGGCAGAUCCACCACAUCACGCCCCACGGCAUCUCCGUGUCCAACAUCCCCAUGACUGGAGCCCCCAGCCUGCCCCCGGUCCCUCACCCCCCCACCUCGACCGCCGCGGCUGCAGCCAUCCUGUGCCAGACCACUCCUGCCAAGAUCAGCAAGGUGACCCAUGUGCCGCAGGCGCUGACCCCCAGCAGUCAGAGUACUCCGUCCAUCCCCACCUACACCUCUCCACGCUCUCCCCCCAUCCAGCUGCACCCUCCUGGGAGCGGGACCCCCAGCGGAGCCCCCCUCCAGAACAACCAGCCGGUGGAGUUCAACCACGCCAUCAACUACGUCAACAAGAUCAAGAACCGCUUCCAGGGACAGCCCGACAUCUACAAGGCCUUCCUGGAGAUCCUGCACACGUACCAGAAGGAGCAGCGAAACGCCAAAGAGGCCGGAGGGAACUACACUCCAGCGCUGACGGAGCAGGAGGUCUACGCUCAGGUGGCCAGACUCUUCAAGAACCAGGAAGACCUGCUGUCGGAGUUCGGGCAGUUCCUCCCAGACGCCAACAGCUCCGUGCUGCUGUGUAAGACGACGGCUGAAAAGGCGGAUUCGGUUCGUAACGACCACGGCGGCACGGCCAGGAAGCUGCAGCUCAACAACAAGAGACUCAGUCAAAAUGGCUGCCAGAUCCGCCGCCACCCGUCCGCGGGCGCCACUCCACCGAUCAAGAAGAAGCCGAAGUUACUGUCUUUAAAAGAAACGUCAGCGGGAGACGUGGGAAAACAUGGGGUUGGCACCGAGUCGCUGUUUUUUGACAAGGUGCGGAAAGCCUUGCGGAGCGCCGAGGCCUACGACAAUUUCCUGCGCUGUUUGGUCAUUUUUAAUCAGGAGGUGAUUUCCAGAGCGGAACUGGUGCAGCUGGUGCUACCGUUUCUAGGUAAAUUCCCGGAGCUGUUUAACUGGUUCAAGAACUUCCUGGGCUACCGCGAGAUGUCCCACAUGGAGACGUACCCCAAAGAGCGCGCCACGGAGGGCAUCGCCAUGGAGAUCGACUACGCUUCCUGCAAACGGCUCGGCUCCAGCUACAGAGCGCUGCCCAAGAGCUACCAGCAGCCCAAGUGCACGGGCCGCACGCCGCUGUGCCGAGAGGUCCUGAACGACACAUGGGUUUCUUUCCCGUCUUGGUCCGAAGACUCGACUUUUGUCACGUCCAAGAAAACCCAGUACGAGGAGCACAUUUACAGAUGUGAAGACGAGCGCUUUGAGCUGGACGUGGUUCUGGAGACAAACCUGGCCACGAUCCGCGUGUUGGAGACGGUGCAGAGGAAGCUGUCGCGGAUGUCUGCGGAGGACCAGGCCAAGUUCAGGCUGGACAACAGUCUGGGCGGGUCCUCAGAGGUGGUCCACAGGAAGGCCAUCCAGAGGAUAUACGGAGACAAGGCCCCGGACAUCAUCGACGGACUGAAGAAGAGCCCAGCGGCCUCUGUGCCCAUCGUGUUGAAGAGGUUGAAAACGAAAGAGGACGAGUGGCGAGAGGCGCAGAGAGGAUUCAAUAAGAUCUGGAGGGACCAGAACGAGAAGUAUUACCUCAAGUCUCUGGAUCAUCAAGGAAUCAACUUCAAACAGAACGACACCAAAGUGCUGCGCUCCAAGUCUCUGCUCAAUGAGAUCGAGAGCAUCUACGACGAGCGACAGGAGCAGGCCUCUGAGGAGAACUCGUCUCCGCCCUCGGGACCCCACAUGACCCUCUCCUACGAAGACCCGCAGAUCCUGGAGGACGCAGCCUCUCUGAUCCUGCACCACGUCCGGCGGCAGACCAGCAUCAACAAAGAGGACAAGUACAAGAUCAAACAGGUCAUCUACCACUUCAUCCCCGACCUGCUGUUUGCGCAGCGGGGGGAGCUGUCCGACGCCGAAGAGGAGGAAGAGGAGGAGGACAUCGAGCUGGAAGAGGGUGCCAAAAAGCACAACGGCGUCGCGGGAAGUCCGUCCAAGUCCAAGCUGCUCUUCCACAACACGGCGGCGCAGAAGCUGAAGACCUGCGAGGACGGCUACAACCUCUUCUACGUCAACAACAACUGGUACAUCUUCCUGCGGCUGCACCAGACGCUGUGCUCGCGGCUGCUGAAGCUGUACGCCCAGGCCGAGCGCCAGAUCGAGGCCGAGCUGCGGGAGCGCGACUGGGAACGCGACAUGCUCGGCCUGAAGAGGGAGAAGAGCGACAACCCGGCGGUCCAGCUGCGACUCAAGGAACCCAUGGACAUUGAAGUGGAGGAUUAUUACUCUGCUUUCCUGGAGAUGGUGCGGAACCUUCUGGAUGGAAACAUGGACGCGUCUCAAUAUGAGGACAACCUCCGGGAGAUGUUCACCAUCCACGCCUUCACAGCCUUCACCAUGGACAAGCUCAUCCAGAGCCUGGUCCGGCAGCUGCAGCACAUCGUGAGCGACGAGAUCUGCGUCCAGGUCACAGACUUGUAUCUGUCAGAGAGUCUGAACACCGCCACCGGGGGCGCCAUAUCCACGCAAGCGUCACGCGGCGCCGCAGAGUCCCUGUACCAGCGCAGAGCCGAGCAGAUCAUGUCCGACGAGAACUGCUUCAAGGUGAUGUUCUUGAGGAAUCGAGGCCAAGUGCAGCUGACGGUGGAGCUCCUGGACACUGAGGAGGAGACGUCAGACGAACCCAUGGAGGCCGAGCGUUGGUCUGAUUACGUGGGUCGGUAUCUGAACCCGGACUCCACGACUCCGGAGCUGAGGGAGCACCUCGCACAGAAGCCAGUGUUCUUGCCCAGAAACCUGCGGCGGAUCAGGAAGUACCAGAAAGGGCGGGAGCAGCUGGACCAGGAGGCGUCUGAAGGAGGGAAGAAGGACAAGGAGAAGAUGGAGUGCAUGUUCAAACUCAACUCCUACAAAAUGUCCCACGAGCGGGUGAGCACGCGGCUGCACAACCGUUUCCAGGCGCGGGUGGACGCGUGGGCGAAGGAUCACGUGACCCGCGACAUGAGCUCCGACACCAACAAGUGGCUGAUGGGAGAACGGCGAGAGGGCCUCCUGCCGUGCUCCACCAGCCGCCACCCCGAGGUCCUCCACCACCGCCACAUCCACCGGUACCGGGUCAGCUACCCUCACUCGCCCGCCAAGACCUCCUCCUGA